AUGCCAGCAGCACGACUCAACGAGGAUACUCAGACCUCAAAUGCAGUGCCCGUGGAUAUUUCCACCCCUCUAGCGUCGUACAAGCUAAUCAACAGCCUUACUGAAGCAGUCAUUGCCCCUCUCAGCCUCACCUACUCCAACGACGGCGCACAUUUCUUCGCAGGAGCAAAAGACGAAAUCGCCAUCUUCGACUUCCAAGAAACCGACAAACCCAUCCACACCAUCCGUACCAUCCCCGCAAAACGAAACAAGCUCAAAGGGGGCGGCCGUGGGUUCAAAGGCUGGAUCUCCGCUCUAUCUCUCUCCCCGCCCUCUCACACCUCGCACGACGGCCUCCUAGCAGCCGGAUCACGAACCCGCUACAUUGGCGUCUACGACCCCGUUGGCGGCAACGAAAUAACGCAUUUCUCCCUCCCCGGUACUACCAACGGUAUCAAGUUCCGCAACGAGAAGCUCAACCACGUCAUGGGCGAUGGCGUUUCAUCCCUCAAAUGGAGUCCGUGUGGCAAAUAUCUCUACGUUGCUGAACGCAGUUCAGACGUCCUCCUCAUAUACGACUCAAAGUGCUCUUACAUCCUCUACUUCGUCUCCCAAGGCAAGGAUCUCGCCGGACGCAUGGAAGGUGUUUUUGACUAG